CCCCCGCGCUGCACGCCGGGAAGGGGCGUGGCCACGCUGUCAUGGCGGCGCCCAUGGAGAGAGCCCCGCCCCCUUCUGAGACCACUCACGACGCAGCGGAGGAGCCAAUGGGGCUCCCCCCCCUCGCUCUGGGCCGCCCCCCCCGCCCCGUGGGAGGGGCUCAGGACGAGUUCCGGCUCCGCCCCCACAACUUCCUGCGGGGCUGCACCUGGGCCCCCGAUGGCUCCUGUGUGCUGAGCUGCAGCGCUGACAACACCCUGCGCCUGUUCGACCUCCCGCCCCCCCCCGCCGGGCAGCCCCUCCCCCAGCUGGAGCCGGCGCUGCGGGUGCCCGAGGGUGACACCAUCUAUGACUAUGCCUGGUUCCCACUCAUGGACUCCAGGGAGCCCCAGACCUGCCUGGUGGCCUCCAGCAGCCGGGACAACCCCGUCCACCUCUGGGACGCCUUCGAUGGGACCCUGAGGGGCUCCUUCCGCGCCUACAACCACCUGGAGGAGCCGGUGGCCCCGCACUCCCUGACCUUCACCCCCGACGGCUCCCGGCUCCUCGGGGGCUGCGACGGCUCCGUCCGGAUCUUCCCAACGGAGCGGCCGGGGCGGAGCCACCAGGAGAGGGCGCUGCGGCAGGGCGGUCAGGGCCAGCGCGGCCUCAUUGGCUGCCUGGCGGUGAGCCCCAGCCAACCGGUGUUCGCCUGCGGCUCCUAUGGGCGGAGCCUGGGGCUGUACGCGCUGGAAGGGGGCGGGGCCUUGGCGCUCUGGCCCCGCCUCCCCGCGGCCCCCACCCACCUGCGCUUCAGCCCGGAUGGGAACCGGCUGUAUGCGGGGGGGCGCAAGGACACCCACAUCCUGUGCUGGGACCUGCGGCUGCCGGAGUGCCCCCUGCUGGCCAUGGAGCGUCACGUGACCACCAACCAGCGCGUGACCUUUGACCUUGACCCGUAUAUCUCCCCAUUGACCCUUGGAGACACUGACUGUGAUGCCAAUUGUCACCCUAUGGAGGACACCCAUUGUCACCCUAUGGAGGAUACCCAUUGUCACCCUAUGGGGCACACCGACUGUGACACCAAUUGUCGCCCUAUGGGGGACACCAACUGUGACACCGAUUGUCGCCCUAUGGGGGGCACCAACUGUGACACCAAUUGUCACCCUAUGGGGAACACCGACUGUGACGCUGAUUGUCAACCUAUGGGGGACACCGACUGUGAGGCUGAUUGUCACCCUAUUGAGGAUACUCAUUGUCACCCUAUGGGAGACACGGACUGUGAUGCCGAUUGUCACCCUAUGGGGGACACCCAUUGUCACCCUAUGGGGGGCACCGACUGUGAUGCCGAUUGUCACCCUAUGGGGGACACCCGUUGUCACCCUAUGGGGGGCACCGACUGUGACGCUGUUUGUCACCCUAUUGAGGAUACUCAUUGUCACCCUAUGGGGGGCACCGACUGUGAAGCUGAUUGUCACCCUAUGGAGGAUACCCAUUGUCACCCUAUGGGGGGCACCAACUGUGAUGCCGAUUGUCACCCUAUUGAGGACACCCAUUGUCACCCUAUGGGGGGCACCGACUGUGAUGCCGAUUGUCACCCUAUUGAGGACACCCAUUGUCACCCUAUGGGGGGCACCGACUGUGACGCUGAUUGUCACCCUAUUGAGGACACCCAUUGUCACCCUAUGGGGGGCACCGACUGUGAAGCCGAUUGUCACCUUAUGGAGGAUACCCAUUGUCACCCUAUGGGGGGCACCGACUGUGAUGCCAGUUGUCACCCUAUGGGGGACACCCAUUGUCACCCUAUUGAGGAUACCCAUUGUCACCCUAUGGGGGGCACCGACUGUGAUGCCGAUUGUCACCCUAUUGAGGAUACCCAUUGUCACCCUAUUGAGGACACUGACUGUGAUGCCGAUUGUCACCCUAUUGAGGACACCCAUUGUCACCCUAUCGAGGAUACCCAUUGUCACCCUAUGGGGCACACCGACUGUGGCACCGAUUGUCGCCCUAUGGGGGACACCCAUUGUCACCCCACUGAGGACACCAGGGCAGUGUCUGGUGACUGUCACCCCCUUGGGGACACCGACUGUGAUGCCAGCACUGAGCACCCCACAUCCACUGCGUGUGAGCCCCCCCAUGGACACUGAAUGUCAGCCCUAUGGGGACACCGCCUGUGUCACCGUCACCUACAGCCCCACAGGGACCCCCCCAGGGCUGAUGGGUUGUGUCUGGGGUAGGUUUGGGGGUUGUUUUUAGGGGGGGUGUGGGUCCAGGUGAGUUUUGGGGUCUCACGUAUGGGUCUG